AACAUUAGUGCGUAUUCAUUUGAGAACUGUUUAGGAAUGAUUAAGAAAGUACUUCGCUCACCAAAUCGUCCGUUGGCUCAAUUAUGCCGUCGGAUUCAUAAAAAAACGGAAUGCAAAACACCCUGAAGUCUACAAUACCAAGUAUAGUUGAAUAUCGUGAAAAAGGCAAUACAAUUUUAGAAGUGACAUACAAAGGAGCAUUACUGAAAACAAAACCACCAAAUGAUAUGGUCCUGUUACGGGAUGACAUAACUGUUUUGAAAAUAACAAAAUUUAUUAAAACAGAACACAACGAUGUGCUGAACGUUGCAGGCAAUGUGAUACCGUUGAAAAGGAGCAUUUAUUCAUAUCCAUCGGAUUCAAGUGUAACGGACAUGUGAGAAAUUGAAACCGUAAACCAACAACCAACCAACAUUUGAAAUAAGUGUGCCAAUAAAUCAAAUUAAGUGUAAACUUAUGCACUUAGUUCUUAACUUUGAACCACACUUACAAAAUUGCAGAUUUGCAGUAGGAUAUUUACACCAAAUGUAAGCACAAUUUCUCAGGAAUGUAUAUCAACACCGAUGGAGAGACUAUUAUGGUAGUGUAAUGAACGCGGUCGGCAAAUAAGGGCGCGAAAUGUCGCGAUCAUGAGCGUGCGUGGUCACGUUAUAUGGUUGUGUUUGUGAACGCGGACAAUUUCGCGAUCAUUUGUUUUUCUUCAUGAGUGUGUCGUGCUCAAUGGAAACGUAGAAAAAUUCAAGAAAAGUUCGUUGCAAGAAAAGUUGAAAAACUUUCAAAGAUUAUUUUUUCGUGUUGAGAUGAGUAGUUCAUCAAGUGAUGAUUUUGAUGACUACUUGUACGAUGUCGUUGAAUUUGUCAUACGAGGAAGGCCUUCGUCAAGAACAAUCGACAUCGUUCCAUUGAAGUGGCUCAGUUUCAAUGAAAAAAAAAAAUAUGGAAGCUAAAUUCAAACCACCCCCGUACAAUGAAGAAGUUUUCAAAGAAAUAGAAAACUUAGUCGAAAACAAUGUUGAUGCACCAGCAGAAUGGCCAGUAUACCAUGUGAGAGUUAUUGCUCGUGAAAGAAAUUAUACUGCACUUAAAAAAUUAAGGUUAGCACAGAAUCAACGUUAUGCCUUUACAACAGAGACUGAUGUCGAACCAGAAGAAAAAGCUGCUGCAAUUGAAAGAGAAUUCAAAAAGGAAACUCUGUUUACAAAUGUCUCGGAAAUAAAAUCAUUGAUGAAUGUUAAGCCCAUUGAACCCAAAGUAUAUAAAAAAGGAAAAAAGCGUAAUAUUAUGUCUAGUCUUUCAAACCAGCCAAAUUCAAAAUACUGUAGAACGUCAAAUGAAAUAAAUUAUUUAGACGAAAAUGAUAAUUGGAAUGACCAAGAACCACAAAUGAUGCACCGAUCAAAUAAAUCUGAUGUGCCAAUUGAUGAACCAUCUACAUCGCAAAUCAUUCUUGACGUGAUGGCCCUUGUGAUUAAUGAAAACUCAACAAAUCAGUUGGAUGAUACAUUGUUUGCCGACUCAAAACUCAUGGAUAUUCCGAAGAAUAAUGAUUUCACAAAAAAAUCACAGCUGAAAACACAAAGUCUAAAACAAAAAGAUAAGACAAUUGAAAUUUCCUUCGAACAUUUGCAAGUAAUGACAGCUAUUGGAGACAUGAAUACGACGCUUCAACAAGUUUUAGAUAAUCAAAAUAAAUUGAUGAAUUUGUGGGAAGCGUCAGGCAUCCUUAAAGGAAUGCCUCAAGCCUUUCACGAAAAAUAUGAAUUAAAUAUCCCUUUUAAAACAGUAGAGGAGUUUAUAAAUUUCAAUGAAUUAUUGCAAAAAAAUAAUGAUUGUGUGAUUUUGUCCGGUCGUUACAUGUUUUGAUUGACGCAGAAAUCAUGUUAAAACAAUUAUGAACAUAUUUAAAAAAUACAUGACCCAAGAUGUCGCUUUAAAAUAUACAGCACAAAAACAAUGUACUGAUUAGUGCUCAAGGAAUUGCCUUUUUGUAAAUCAAUAAGAGAAUUAGCAACGCACAAACUCAUCAACGAAAAUAAUCAGUCACUAACGGAAAAGGAAAUUCUGAGUGCUAUUGGUUACUGCUUAACAAACGCAAAAGAUUGGGAUGGACAUCGCGCACAGAGGAACAAAGUACAAAACCUAGAAUAAAAUUUGUA